ACACUUCUCGGGGGGGCGGGAGGAGGAGGCUGACCGAAAAGCUGGGCGACAGAAGAGCUUGCCGAAAACGCUCCCGCCCGACCGCCGUCCCUCACGGGAUGAGGCGGGCCGGGCCGCCAUCCCCUCAGCGCGCGCUUCCCGCCCGCGCCCCCCCGCGCAUGCGCAGCCACCCCCGGCCGGCCGCUGCGGAGCGCGCGAGUGUGUGUGUGCGUGCGUGUGCCGGCGGGAGGAGGAGGAAGAGGAGGUGGAAGAGGAAGAGGAGGAGGAAGAGGACGAUGUCCUGCAACAUGGCAGGUGAAGAGGACUUCUUUUUGGAAGAAAAAAGAUUCAAGCAGUACUGUGAAGAAUUUGUUAAACAUUCUCAGCAGAUAGGAGAUGGUUGGGAGUGGAAAACUAGCAAGGACCUUGGUGAUGGUUAUAUUAGUAAAACACACUUCCAAGUAAGAAAUAGAAACAUCCCACCAGAUCUCAAGGAGAAAAACAGUGAUAACGUUGAGCAAAUGUUAUUUACAGAUGUUGAAGAGUGUUUGGAUGAUUCUCAAGUAGCUGGAGUUGGUGCAGCAGAAGUGGUGAUACGCUGUGAAUAUCAUGUCUUGUACUCCAGCAGCUACCAAGUACCUGUCCUAUAUUUUAGGGCAUGCUUUUUAGAUGGAAGACCUUUAACUCUGGAAGAAAUAUGGAAAAAUGUUCAUGCAUGCUACCAGGCUCGUCUGCUGGAGGGGCCCUGGGACACUAUUACACAGCAGGAGCACCCUUUACUUGGGCAGCCAUAUUUUGUUCUUCAUCCCUGCAGGACUAUUGAAUUCAUGUCUCCUAUACUGACCAGUUUACGGAAACAGAACAGACACACAAAUUACAUUGUAUUGUGGCUCAGUACUGUAGGCCCAGUUGUGGGUCUAAAUCUUCCCAUGAGUUAUGCAAAACUGGCACCUGAGGAGAAUAUAAAUGCUGAUGCAGUGGAAAGCUUUUCCCUGCAUUGUACUGACAGCAACAUCUAGUGGCAAGAUUACCUCAUGACAAUGCCCUACUUCUGGAAACUGGUCUGGCUCCCAUUUACCUCCGGGUAGAUCUUCAUCUCCUCUGCUGCCAGCCUGACUUUAGAAUUUGAACAGAAUUUGAACCGCGAGGAUUUCAGUGUUGCUCUUCACUGGCUGCAGUAAAAUCCUUUUUUUUCAAACGAAUAUUACUGGCAUCCCUACUAAUAAUUUUUGCUAUGCAGGAAAAGCAAAUCAAAAUAGCAAAACCAGACAGACACGGUUUGCUGGAAUAACAAAACCAAAGCUGCUGAUUUUCUUAGUUGAAGUAAUGUGUCUCCUGUAGAAAUUGAGCUGGGAUCCUAACACCAGCAGUUGUGUAGGAUAACAUUUGCAUACAUUUCUAGAUUAAACUAGCUGUCUGGGAUCUGUCUUUUUCACUAGGAACUGCUGUCAGAUCUGCAAGCUGUGAGUCAUAGUUCAAUGUUCAGGUUUGCUCAUCCAGUAGCUUCCAGUCUUAUUGCAAUCCAGGCAUACCUGAACAAAAUUGAUAACAUUCUAGCUGUUUUUCCUGCAAUUUUGUAUUUAAUUUCUCUCACAUGUGUACCUGCAGUUGGUUAGCUGCAUAUUAUUAAUAAAUAUAGCUGUAUUGAUGGCAGCAAAUGUUUUCAAA